AUGAUCACUGUGGCCCUCGCCGAGGUUAAACAUGAAUAUCAUGCCUUGUCAUAUACAUGGGGUGAUGACCUGCCGAGCAAGCCGAUAUCUAUCAACAACUAUACGGUUUUAGUGAGCGAGAAGCAACAUGACAUGCCUCUGCGAUACCAGGAUAUGGUAGAAAAUGACCCAAGGGAGGAGUUCCGCAUGUCCUUGCCACUCUGGGUCGACGCAAUCUGCAUUAACCAGGAGGAUAUCCCGGAGAAGGGCAGCCAAGUUGGUAUGAUGGGAUUGAUCUAUGAGUCAACGUAUUUAGUCCUGGCAUGGAUUGGAUCUGCGGCAGAUGACAGUGAUUACGCGGUGGGUGGGAUUGCGGCUCUGUCAUGGGAAAUUAUAACAGCAGCGCAGCAGGAUCAAGAACGACUCGCAGCUAUUCGGCCCGAGCAUAAACACCUGUGGCAGAAUGACGGGAGUGAAAGUUGGGAGCGCUUCUGCGACGUGGCUCCACGACAUGCGAGAGUCGCCCUGUCUGCCGCUUGUGGAUCCAGAGUUAUGGGACUGGAUAAGCACAGGUACUGGACAGAGGGGUUUAAGGUGGUCUACAUUCUACGAUUUCGGCCGUAUCAGGCCUCUAAUUGGGGCCCACAGAAACAUGGAAGCUCUGCAAGAACAUGGGUAAGACUACUUGAUUGGACCCAAAGCAGACAGGCAUCCGAAUCCCGAGACAAGCUGUUUAGCAUGAACGCACUGGCUUCUGGCGGAAUUAAACCGGACUAUACUCUAUCUUCCGAGGAUGUAUAUACCCAGUUUACCGCGCAAGUCGUUCUUGAAACGGGGCGAUUGGACCUCCCUUGGUACGCCGGUCAUGGCGCCCUAGCUGAGUCGAAAGAAGCCAUAGCGGAACACCCUUUAUUCUUGCCAUCUUGGGUACCUAAUUGGGAUGCCUUCUCCAAAGAUCCAAAGCGCGUUAUGGUAUUUAGCCAUGAUGUUACACCUUAUGGGGAAUGCCACAGGCUUGCUCCUCGUGCACGGCCUCAUUCUGUCAGCGGAUGUGCACUAAAUGCCUAUGGAGUUCAGUGUGACAAUGUGUCGAAAUGCCAUAGAUUUCAUGGUGAUCAAAGCAAAUUCAUGUUAUUUUGGCUGGAACAUGCUGGCAAAGCCCAGGACUCUCGACGCUACGUCACGGGAAUCCCGAUUCUCCAGGCUAUGGCAAGGCUACUACUGCUGGAUCUAGACCCGGAGACAGAAUUUAUAAAUAAUCUAUCGUGCGAGCCACGCCAAUUAGUCAAGGCGGUUGUACACGCCAGUGGGAUGUUCACGACAGACUCGAGGUCAGUACUAGAGGACUACGGCCUCACCAACCCCAGUAGCAUGGCCACUUACUUGGACCAAGAUUCGUGUACCGAGGACUUAUGGCAAGAUUACCUCUCUGCAAUUUAUCAAGCGGUCGCCAAUUCCUGUGCCACUCUAGCUCUGGCAGGUCGCAACCUAACAUACCGGUUAGAUACUAGUUUCUUCACCACUAACUCAGGUUACCUCCGUUGUGGUCCGUUAAAUAUGCGAAAAGAGGAUAGUAUUCCCAUCCUCUUUGGUUAUCCCCGUCCUGUUGUCUUGCGACGAGUCGAUUCACACUACAUCUACAUUUGA